UAUUUUGAGGGAAAUACAAACAACUUUUUUUUUUUUUUUUUUUGCAUAAUGCUGUGUUGCAGUGAACUCCAUAUUUUGUAUUUAUUUAUUUUUUAUCAAAGAUUUCAAAGUUUCCGCCAGCACUGCCAGCCGGAUCCAUCUGACAGGAACUUAAAAACGGCAAAUUUACUUCAUCGAAAUUGGUUUAAUAACCAAACAGAGAAAAGGAGCUUUAUACUACUGGACAAUAAUAAUGGGUAUUGUGAAACUGGCAGAAUUAAUACGCAAUGUUGCGCCGGAUGCGAUCUCUUACAAAACAAUAGGUGACUAUUCAGGUAAGAAGAUUGCUGUGGAUGCCUCCAUUGUUCUAUUUCAGUUCCGCACGGCCUGCCCUAAGAUCUGCAACCGCGAUGGAGCACACCUCAGCCCGCUGGUUGGUUUGUUCUACCGCACUCUGCAUUUCCUAGAGAAUGAUGUCAGGCCAGUCUAUGUCUUCGAUGGACUCCCGCCUGAGCAGAAAGAGGCGCUGCUGGACAGGCGAGCUGAGGCUGGAGGCUGGGCCAGAACACAAAGGCCAGUCUCCAAUCAAGUACAGGACUGCCAGAAAAUACUGAAACUGUUAGGAGUACCAUAUCUCCAGGCCCCCAGUGAAGCUGAAGCACAGUGUGCAGAGUUGGUGAAGUGUGGUGAAGUGGAUGGAGUGGCUUCAGAGGACAUGGAUGUUCUGCCGUUUGGGAGCACGCUGCUAAUCCGCCAGCUCAGUACCAGAGAGCACAGGAGUGUAGUAGAAUACUCCUUGCCAAAGGUGCUGAAGACACUGGGACUCACACAUGAGCAGUUUGUAGAUCUGUGUAUUUUGCUUGGCUGCGAUUAUUGUGAGAAGAUUGGCGGCCUGGGACCGAAGCGAGCACUGGCCCUUGUUCAGCAACAUAAAACCAUUGAGGAUGUUCUUCUAAAUAUCAACCGAACGACACACCCAGUCCCUGAGAACUGGAAAUACCUUGAUGCUCGCAAACUCUUCUUGGAUCCUGAGGUAGCCAAUCAGACUAGCCGAUCGCUAAGCUGGGAGGAGCCAGACGAGGAAGGGCUGGUGAACUUCCUGUCACAUGAAAAAUACAUCAAGGAGGAGCGAAUAAGACGCAGGAUGGAGAAGUUUCGUAGAGUGCGUGAGGGCAGGAAGCAGAAAGGGUCUGAUGAGGGGAAACAGCAACAAACCCUCAUGGACGAUUUCUUCAGAGUGACACGAAGCAGACAGGCACCAGAUGCUGUGGACCAAACUGUCAGCAAGAAAUCGAAAUUCUAGCGAGCAUUUCCACUGGGAUACAGCAAGUGUAACAGUUGAAAGGAUAUGGUGACACCUCUAUUGAUGGGCAGACAUCUGAACUGUUUAUCAAGAAGACUGUGACUGGAUUAGGAGUUUGUUUCCCCAGGGAAGACUGAGAUCUCAUUCCCUGUGGAAGAGACUUCCUGUGUCAUCUCUUGUAUUAUAUAGUAGGAUUAUAACUUUGUUUUUAUGUCAACCAUUAAAGAGUAAGUAUCAGGGUUCUGAAAAAUACUUCCCUUCGUGUUGCUACAGCUGUUUAAAUAACUUUCUUACAC